CCACAGCGGAUCUACUUCCUUUCACGUAGUUAUUUUCCAAGAUAGUACACGUGUUUGACAGAAUGCAGAAGAAACAAAAGGAACCGAUUCAUUCCGUGCAAGUUUUCGGACGCAAGAAAAGUGCAACUGCAGUUGCUUAUUGCAAACGAGGCCGUGGAAAUCUUCGGGUAAAUGGAAGACCAUUGGAACUGGUUGAACCACGCGUAUUGCAAUACAAAUUGCAAGAACCUAUUUUGCUCCUUGGAAAGGAGAAAUUUGCUGGUGUUGACAUCAGAGUAAGAGUAAACGGAGGUGGCCAUGUAGCGCAAGUUUAUGCCAUUCGUCAAGCCAUCUCCAAAGCUCUUGUAGCUUAUUAUCAGAAAUAUGUCGAUGAGGCUAGCAAGAAGGAUAUAAAAGAUAUUCUUAUUCAAUAUGAUCGUACUCUUCUGGUCGCAGAUCCAAGGAGAUGCGAACCAAAAAAGUUUGGUGGUCCAGGAGCAAGAGCACGAUACCAAAAGUCGUAUCGUUAAUAUGUUUAUCAUAUUGCAUAAUGUUUAUAUCAUUGAAUAAAAAAGAAGAAAAUCUCCCUGCACAGAUGUGAUUAUAAAUGGA